AUGGCACCCAAAAGACAUUACAAAGAAUAUCUGCUGAAUGAGUCGAGCCAACCUUCAAAGGCAACCAAAUACAGACGGCUAGCAAAGGAGAACGAGAAUACUUUAAACUGCAGAGGAAAUUACAAGAAAUACCUCAGUGCAUCCUGUACAACUAACAAUAGAGGAGUCUUGAAAGAGAUUCCACUUUCAAAUAACGGUGAACGAACAUAUUCUCUGGAGGAAUAUCCAGGAGACAAUCCCACAACUAACAAACAGAAUGUUCCCGAUGAGGGCCUUGUUGCAGAAGGACCAAGCGGUCAGUCAUCUUUAGAAUGUUUGAGAGGAAAGCAUCUUGUCACUCCAAUAACAGAGCAUCUGCUUCAGGACAGACCAAACAGAGAUUCAUCAGAGCCUGCCGGAGAGGGGGUCUCCAGAAAUACCCACCCAGUGCUAGAAUUGCCACCCUCCACCUACUCACACUGCACUUUUCAAUUUUGUGGGGAUCAACAAGAUAUGCAAAUCGGACCAGAAGCACAGGACAUGUUAGAGAAGCAACCAGGAUGCAAUGUGCCUGCUACUCCAACUGAUCAGCAAGAGACACCAAACCAACAGGCAGAGACAUUUUUGUUGGAUGGAGAUGAUCCAGCGUAUCCUGGAGCUCCACUGACAAAGGGACAAAGUUUAAUCUUACUGAUGUCUUAUGUACUAAGGCACAAUGUGACAGGUGUGGCACUGGAACAUCUACUGAAGAUUGUUAAUGAACAUUUCCCUGGAAUGGUACCAGUAACCACAUACCUUUUUCACAAAGCUUAUGGACAAUAUGGAAAUUAUGUCCCCCAUUUUUACUGUCCAGCAUGUGAAAACUACUUGGGGGUAAAUAAUACCAGUGAACUACAGUGUGGAGCUUGUAAUGCAGUAACUGAUUCAGAGAGCUGUCUCAAAAGUGGGUGUUUCUUUCUAGUGCUUAGUUUGGAUUCACAAAUCAAAACAUUGCUUGAACAAAACCAAAGUUUAAAAAAAGACUGGCAAUGUGCAGAUGUCAUGUCAGAUAUACAGUGUGGAGAAGAGUACCAUAAACUCAAAGAAUCAGGUGAAUUAGGUGAGGAUGACAUAACUUUAAUUUGGAACUGUGAUGGAAUUCCAGUUUUCAGGAGUUCAAAGUAUCAAAUUUGGCCCAUUCAGUGCCAGGUUAUAGAACUUGAACCUAAAGAACGGAAGGCAAAUAUCUGUCUUCCUUGUCUCUGGUUUGGCGAGAAGAAGCCAAACUUCUUAACAUAUUUGAAGCCAUUUGUUGAUGAACUGCAAAUUUUAGAACAAAAUGGUAUUAAAUGGAAGGACUCAGCAAAUGUACAACAUGUCUCCAAAGUGUAUGCUCUGAUAUGCAGUUCAGAUUCAGUUGCUCGCCCACUUCUAAGAAACACCAAACAGUUUAAUGGCUUUUAUGGAUGUGAUUUUUGUUACCAUGUUGGUGGUGGUCCUUACACAAACAAAGGCCCAAAACCACAUCUUAGAACUGAAGCUAAGCAUUUUGAUCACGCAAUGGCUGCAACACCAGACAGUCCAGUAAUGGGAGUAAAAGGACCUUCACCAUUAAUGAAACUCACAAAGUUUCAAAUGAUAAAUGGAUUUGUUCCAGAGUAUCAGCAUUGUGUCUGCCUUGGUGUGACAAGGCAAUUAGCAAAACUGUGGUUUGACUCAAGAAAUCAUGACAAAGAGUGGUACUUAGGAGCAAAAUCAGACCGCAUUGACAAAGAGCUCAUUGCAAUUCAACCCCCUGUUGAGAUAACAAGAGUACCACGAUCUGUUGCAGACAGAAAAUAUUGGAAAGCAUCAGAGUGGAGGUCAUUCCUGUUAUUCUAUUGCCUGCCUUUACUGAAUGGGGUCUUACUAAAGAAGUUCUGGAACCACCUUUUUCUGUUUGUGUUCGCUAUGCACAUUCUUUUGGGAGAAAAGGUGAAACGCUGUGAUAUUGAAGUAGCUGAAAGAGCUCUCAAGAAGUUCUCACUGCAGUUUGAGAAGUUAUAUGGUGCAGCAAAUAUGACAUUUAAUGUCCAUCUUCUGACACACCUUGCAGCAAGUGUUAGGAACUGGGGCCCUUUGUGGGCCACAUCAACCUUUUCCUUUGAAUCAUUUAAUGGCACUUUGUUACAGUACUUCAAUGGGACAACACAUGUUCCAGAGCAAAUAGUUAAAAGGUUUCUUUGCUGGAGGAGUCUAACACAAAAAGCCGAAAAGUACAUGGUAGAUGCUAAUGAAGGGGUGAAAUGCAUUUUUUUCACAUCUCCUAAACAGCAAUGUAUCAAGUUCUAA